GAAGAAGAAGAAGCUCGAUACCUGGUGUCAUCAGCACGCGCCAACACACCACACGACCUUUCACACCGCGAGCACAGUCUGUUCAUUCAGUUUAUGAUGUUGAUUUCAAAUGAAUUAAGGAGACAUUAGGUUUGUGUGUGUGUCACUCUCAACAUGCUUCGUUGUUCUUUGGUAAUCUGUGGCAGAGGAGUCGCUAAAAGGUUUGCCUCGUCGUUCUCCGGAGAGAGUGCUCUGCCUCCAAAUCUACUGCUGCCGACAAACCUCGUGGAUCCUGACAGAUUAAAGCGCCCUCCUCCUCCUGCAGACUGCUCCCUGCCUGUCCUGAGGAAGUGCGAUGCUGUCAUUCCUGCUCAUCUGAGCCCCGUCCAGACGUGGGUGGAGACUCUGGAGAGUCGAGACAGCGAGCCGUUGGGUUUGGCUCAUCUCCACCCAGAUGUCUUCGCAGUGCCUCCGAGACUCGAUAUUCUCCAUUCUGUUGAAAUAUGGCAGAAAAACUUUAAAAGAAUUAGCCACGCUAACACAAAAGUGAGAUCAGAGGUCAGAGGUGGAGGCAAGAAACCAUGGAAACAGAAAGGAAGUGGUAGAGCCCGUCAUGGAAGCAUCAGAUCUCCGAUAUGGAGAGGAGGUGGGGUGUCUCAUGGACCCAGAGGGCCGACCAGUUACUACUACAUGUUACCCAUGAAGGUUCGAGUUCAAGGACUUAAAGUGGCUCUAAGCUCCAAGAUGACCCAGGACUACCUUCAUAUUGUGGACUCUCUGAACAUCCCCACACCUGACUCUCAGUACCUGCUGGACCUCAUCAAACACAGACACUGGGGAGAGUCUGUGUUAAUAGUUGACGUAGGUGAAGAGAUUCCUGAAAACAUCCUUCAAGCGGCAGCUAGUUUGAACACGGUGAACAUUAUUCCAGCCAUUGGACUGAAUGUCCACAGCCUGCUGAAACAUGAAGCCGUCGUCCUCACGCUUGAGACUAUCAAGUUCCUGGAAGACAAGCUGCUUUGGCACGACCAGCGUUAUACGCCUCUGUACCCAUUUAAACUGCCCUAUUCAGAUUUCCCAUAGAAGACACAAAAUGACCUGUAAUAUAUUCACUGACUG